CUUUCCUACCCCGGAACGAGGUUUAUAAUGAAGUUGUAUUCAGGGGAACACAUUUUGACGCCGGACCAAUGAGUAGUCAAGCACACACUGCUUUAUGGAUUCUACGAUGGACGUGGAAAACCUGCUUACCAAAACGUGUUCCUGGAAAAGAAUUGCCCAGGGUGCCGUUAUUUUUUCUUCUCCGACCACUCUGUUCAUCGCAGCCAGUUCCACCCCUGUCCACACCUGCUCAGACCAUCCAGCCUGGCAGGAAAGAGAUAACUCUGCAGUCUCUGGCUGAAAUGGGUUUCUCUGAGAAACAGGCUGUGAUGGUGUAUGAAGCAGCAAAUAAAAAUCGCUGUAAGCAUGACCUGCCAGUCUUAACCGUGCUGUUCAGCCUCGGCUUAAACCCAGGCACCGUGCUGAAGGUCCUGGAGAAAUGUCCUGAACUUUAUUCUCUUAAAGAAGCUCAGUUACAGCAGCGCGUUUUAAAUCUGAGGAAGCUUGGCCUGCUUGAAGGCAGUUUGCAGAGGGUGAUAAGCCUCUACCCUCGGAUCCUAUCGUUUCCGGUGAAGAGGAUGAGCACUGUGUCUCGUCUCCUCCGAGAAAAAUGCCAGUUCACCGCUCAGCAGAUGGCAGACAUCCUUCGAGACUCACCACAUGUAGUGGAGGAAGAGCCUGCACGUCUGGAGUACAUGUUUCAGUACGUAUACUUCCGUAUGGGCUGUCACCAGGCUGAGAUGGUGAAGGCGAAGCUCUUUAGACUUUCCCUGGAGGAGCUGCGGUGUCGUCACAGCUUCCUGGAGCGUCGUGGACUGUACCAAACCCCUGACAAGAAGGGCCAGACGCUUAUACUCAACCCACGCCUCAAAGACUUUCUCAGUGUCUCGGAGGAAACUUUUCUCACAGAUAUCGCCAAGGCCACACAGGAAGAGUUCGCUGUGUUCAAGAAACUUGUGGCAAGAGAGCACGAAGAAGAGCAGCAAUGUGAAGAGUAUAGUAGUAGUGAUGAUGAUGAUGAUGAUGAUGAUAAUGAUAAUGAUGAUGACAGUGAGGUUAUGGAGAGACCCCAUUCUUUGGAAUCUAGCUCCAAGAAGAAAAUGAAACAGAGGUCCAAGAUGCCAGAAGGACACUAGUUUGCCCAAAUGUCACUAAACUUUUUUGUUUGUGGUAUGCCUUAUUGAUAUGAAAAUAAAUAUUUUAUAGAGUCCAUGCA